CUUUUUAUCAUUAUCGUUGUUAUUAUUAUUGGAAAGGGGGAGUCUCUUUUUUUCCUCGCUGGGUGUUCCCCCUCCUUCCUAAAAUGACGAUCGGUUUGGGAAGCUCCUUCUCAUCAUCAUGGCCAACGGGACGGGGGCGGCGACGGUCAUGCUGAAAUGCGUGGUGGUCGGCGACGGGGCGGUGGGCAAAACUUGCCUGCUGAUGAGCUACGCCAACGACGCCUUCCCGGAGGAAUACGUGCCCACCGUCUUUGACCAUUACGCAGUCAGUGUGACAGUCGGUGGCAAGCAGUAUCUGCUCGGGCUAUAUGACACUGCAGGACAGGAAGACUAUGAUCGCCUGAGGCCGCUGUCGUACCCCAUGACUGACGUCUUCCUCAUCUGCUUCUCGGUGGUGAAUCCAGCUUCCUUUCAGAAUGUGAAGGAGGAGUGGGUGCCGGAACUGAAGGAAUAUGCGCCGAAUGUACCCUAUUUGUUAGUCGGAACCCAGAUUGAUCUCCGAGAUGACCCCAAAACUUUAGCGAGGCUGAACGACAUGAAGGAGAAACCAAUUUGUAUGGAGCAGGGACAGAAAUUGGCAAAAGAGAUAGGAGCCUACUGCUACGUGGAGUGCUCGGCUUUAACCCAGAAAGGACUGAAGACUGUUUUCGAUGAAGCUAUCAUAGCCAUUUUAACUCCAAAGAAACACACGGUGAAAAAAAGAAUAGGAUCGAGGUGCAUUAAUUGCUGCCUGAUCACGUGAGACCCACCGGGACGAUGGCCACACAUACUGUGAAAUAUCCAAUACUGUGCAAACAUACACUUAAAACAACAGCAACGCUCUAUCCACAGAUCCGAGAUCAAUUGGGAAGCUGAUUUUAGGAAACUGGCAUCGGGCAAAAUCCAGAAUGUGUGGGAGGGAAAUCCCAAAUCAGUGAAGGAGCAAGCAGCAUCUGUUACAAACACUUUAUUCAGGCUGGAAGGAAAAGUACAAUCUCUCAGGGGUAACAUAAUUUAGGACAAGCGACAGAUGCAUCAUCAUGUUGCCACAGCAUGCAAAACGUGCUGUGAGGAGGAGGAGGAGGAGGGCCUGACGAUGCUCCAAAAGUGUUUCGAUUGCCUUCUGCUUUGACUGUGGUCUUUGUGCAGUCACGACGCCAGGAAUCAGCACAGCAACAAAAAAUGCCUUCUCUCUUUGCGCCAGCUAUCUGCUUUUGUACGUAAGCUGCUUCCUGUUCCAGUAUAUCCACAAAGGUGCAAUAAGGAGACCGGCCACGUAGCCAAAGGUCGCUCCGAGCGAACAGGAAAUGGGCCACACCUGAAGGAAGAGAAUUGCCACGUGGAGAGAGGGAGAGAAAGGAAGAGAUCAGACCCUCGACGUACUUUUAGGAGCACAAGUUUCCCGUGCAAUCGAACGAAGAAACCAAAAUGCGGUACAGGAUCCAUUGCAGAGCUCGACCUGCUUUCUCAGAGAAUGCCAAAAGUGUUAGCGGUUCAUCACGCAUCUAUUACGUGAACACUAAAUGUUGUACAGUUUUUAAACCUGUGUGCAUUAAAAUGUAACUAGGCUUUCUGGCUACUGCAGAUGAUGACACUUGAUAAUUCCCAGAACUAACGUGGAGCAUUUUAACCUGCCAGUUUUGGGGGCUGGGCUGCUGAUGUGCUCCUGCUUUGCUAUUAUUAUUAUUAUUAUUAUUAUUAUUAUUAUUAUUAUUAUUAUUUCUUCUGUAAUAGUGGAUUGUUAAUAUAGCCUGUACUGCUUCCUCUCUGCUUCCCCCCCCCAAGUCAUGGCAUAUUUUCAUUGCCGAAAAGCUGUGACAAAAGCGUUUAGCCACAAAGCACAAUUUGAACGAAGCAUUACCAAGGAAGACCAUAGACCAGGAGUAGACUUAAAGUAGAUUGGGAUCUACUGGCAGACCUUUGGAUAAUUUCCAGUAGAUCCCCAAGGAUUUCUGACUCCCAAUUGUUUAACAAGGGCAACAACUCUGCAGCCUAAUUAGGUUACUGAAGGGUAUGGGGAAAGCCUAGGAAUGGAUAUGUCAGCGCUGUGAGACGAGUUCUGGCCUUGAAAUGAAUUCUUAAGCUGAGAUAGAGCCCUUAAUUCUUUGUUCACCUCUUUUUCUGAGCUACUCUUCUUCACUUGGUGCUUGCUGGUGGACACCUGGGGAUUCUGGAAGUAGAGGGUGUAAUGUAUGAAAGACCCCAAAGUAGAUCUGCAAGCUUGAACUAACUCCAUCUCUGCCAUACACCACAAGGAAAGCAAGAUUCGGUUGACGACAAAUUGUCACGCUCUGCUUGAGAGAUUGCUAACAGUUGGGGGAGGAAGUCUCUGCAAAACCGGCCUCUGCCUCCCUGCCAGGAAGCACAUUGUCUUCCCAGCAUCUUUGGGGUUUGCUAACUCUCCCCUCGCCCCUGUACCCCACAAGUGCUUUUCUCCAUUGAAAAGGCUACAAGCACCUGAAAGUUGGUGAAUGAGGCCCAACAAAAUUAGUCAGGGAGCCAAAAGGGGAAGCUGCUUCAAGGAGAUCAGAAGCAGAAAUGCAGAAACACACACACAGCCAACAAGCUUAAUUCAGGUUUUGAAAACAAAGUAGGAACUGUCUGAUUGAUCAGACAGGGUUCCAUUCUAAUCCCAGCA